CAGAAAACAAUGCGGACUAUUUGUUCUUUGAAACAAUGUUCAAAAACAUCUGUGAAGUAUUGCCUUACUCACAAAGUUCCCUUGUGAUUUUCCUGCAAGCAUGAUCAGCACUACAGCUGUGAUACUGUUCAGAUUAUCCAGCCAGAAUCACUGGAGUACCAGUUUGACAAUAUCUACAGCCUUCUGGUAAACUUAGAGAGGUUCACAGAGCAGCUGGGCUUGGAACAACUUUUCGAAGGAACUACUGGCCUCAUCACAAAGUUUAAGGAUGAAUUCCUUGUCAUUUUGAGUACGGUUAAGACCAAUAUAGACCUAGGCAAUUUUUUGACAUUUGAGAAGCAUGAGAAAGAGGCCAAUGAGUUCAGACACAAGAUUGAUAAUGAUGAAGAAAUGAAAGUUUUGAUGAGCAGGAUUUAUCAGCAGUGAGUGUUUAAGAACCUUACUCCGUUUGAAUCAGAAACUUUAUUUGAUAGAGGUGAAGGAGUAAUGGAGGAUAAUUGAUUGAAGAUUGUAGAAGAAAAGAAAGACAAUCAAUGCAGUGUAGAUGAAAAUAUAGAUGAUGUUAAAGUUGAUGAUGUCCCUUCAAACUCUCCUCCUUCUUUAGAAAGUUUAAGGUUAAAACAUUUUUCAGGGAUUAAUAAAACUACCAAAAGUUCUAAACUAUUUUUAAACCUCGAAGUGAAAGAACACAUUGAAUUUAUGAAGGAAUCAAGAGCUCAUAAUGUUAAGCUUGUAGAAGUAGAUUGUUUCGAUUUUCGAAAUCUUCCUGCCAAAAGCGAACUACUUAAUUCCUACUUGUCAAAAUGAUUGCCAGACAAAUUAUGAAGCUUUCUGACAAUGAACAGCGGCGAAAGUGCAACUUCUGUAAACUUUUCAGAAUACAAGAGCUGAGUUAAUAUGUUGAUAGAGACUCAAGUAGACACUCUUAAUCUGAACAAUUUCAUUCUAUCUAAAAAUGAUAUUGAGUGGCUCUCUAUUGUAUCCAAGGAGAAGCGCUUCAAGAUAAACCUGUACAACUGCGUGGAAAAUACAAGCUGUGGCAAGAAACUACCUCUUAAAGGACUGGAACAAAGUGAGAACCUCAUGAUCCCCCCUCGUGAUGCUGCUAUUUGUAAAAAGUCUGAUAUUCCGAAGGAAAUAGCCUCUUAAAGUUAUAAUUUGUACUACUUCUUAGCCAUAA